AUGGAUGAAAAUAAUAUAGAGGGAGGAGGAACUGGAGGAGCAGGAGGAGGAUCCAUUGAAUAUGGUGGUGGUGGUGGAUCAGUGGAUGAUUAUGGUGGUUCAUCAGCCGAUGACAAUGGUUUGGCAGUAUAUAAUGGAGGAUCUGUAAUAUAUCACGACGAACAAGAAAAUGAUACAAUUGGAAUAUUGACAAAAAAUAGAAUUGAUGAUAAUAAUAAUAAUGAUCCAGAUGAUAUUAGUUUAGAUGGAGCUGAUUUAAAUACUACGCCUUUACCUAUAAUUGAUGAAAAAUCAAAUACGACUACUACUACGAUGAAGAUGAAAAAGAAACAGAGUAUCCUAAGUAAAGAAUUUUGGAAAAAGAAUUACAAGAAAAUACUUGUAUUAUUUUUAAUCAUUAAUCUUGGAUUCCCUUUAUAUUUAUCUUAUAAUAUGCCAACUUCAUUGGUUAAAAUUAUUGGUGGUAUUUUAGUUGAUUUGUUUGGACCAAAUAAAUGUAGUAUAGCAUUUAUGGGUUUAAUGACCAUUUCAACCAUUCUAGCUGGUAUUUCGACAAUCACUCCUACUCCUUCAUUUGGAUUGAUUGUAUUUUCUAGAGUACUUUUGGGAAUUGGUGGAGAAUCUUGUUUGGUUUGCAUCAGUGCCUUGUUGUCAACAUGGUUCAAAAGUGAUGAAAUGCCAUUUGUAAUGGGUAUCGAAUCGACAUGGGUACAAUUUGCAAGUCUCCUAGCAUUUGGAAUGUUACCAUCUUUAUAUGAAGCUACCAAUUUCCCAUUUACCGUUUGGUUUUGUUCACUAGUUACCAUUCUUGGUUUGUUUUUAAAUAUUAUAUUCCUUGUAUUUCAAAAAAGAUUAGAUUUUAGAAAUAAAUAUGGUGAAUUAAAAGAUGAAGAUGAAUUGGAAUCAAAAGAUAAAAAUGGAAAUAGAAUUAGAUGGAAAGAUAUUGAAUUGUCAGAAGUAGAUUUAAUAUCAUCACAAGACAAUGCAUCUAAUGAUACAAUUAAUUCAACAACAAAACAAUCAUCAAUUAGAAAAAUAUUUAGUGAAUUGAAAAAGGCUCUUUCAUUGGUUAGAAUGAUUACACUUAGAAUGUGGUUAUUAUUUUUCAUUACCUUUUUUGGGUAUAGUGCAUUCUAUGGUUUCGAUAUUAUAGUAAUCGAUAUGAUUGUUGAAAAGUAUAAAUACGGUGACACUAAAGCUGCCAUGAUGAUGGCGAUUGAAACGUUUUUCACUGGAUCGAUGGGUCCAGUAUUUGGAUUCUUUGUAAAAAAGUUUGAAAAGAGAUUGACUGCACAGGCAGUUGGUAUCACAGUCAUGGGUAUUGGAUUGGCCAUCAUGACAAUCACUACGACCACCCCUCUACCUUGGGUACUGAUUACAGGUCUUGGAUACGGUCUAAUGAACAAUAGUAUCAUGUCAUCGGUACCAGUGGUAGUUGACGAACAGGUGGUUGGUACUGCCUACGGAUUGAUUGGUACUAGUUACAACCUUGGUAUCAUCCUCUACCCCAUUCUACUAGGUGCCACUAGACAAUCAACAGGCAACUAUACAUUAGCAAUGUGGAUACUAGUACUCAGUUCAGUUCUAGCUCUAGUAUUUGUUGGCAUAUUAAAAUACUUUGAUAAAAAAGAAUUAAAUGUAAAUAAAAGAUUAGAUUCGAAAUAA